GUGAAGUGUCCACAGUUCCACACACUUCAUAUUUUCGGCACUUCAAGUGCACUUCUUUUUUUGAGAAUUUUCAAUGUGAACGCACUACUCACACUAUUUAUACUUCAAAAUGGCGUAGAAUAGUGCAUAAGUGCGUGAUUUGGGCCGCACCUGAAAACUUCACAUCCCAGAAGUCACCGCGCUGUCUCUGCUUCUGUAAUGCGCGUCACUAAACGCCAGCUGCGGGUUAAUGUUUAGUAUUUGGCAUAGUUUGGAUACAAUAAUAAGCUGUUAGUUAUGAGAUAAAGAUAAAUGUCUUACGCCGAUCGGUGUGCGCAAACUGACAGGACACGUGACGUGCAUCAUUUUACUGCUCUCUCUCUUCAGCGAACUGUCGUUUAAUAGCAUUGACUGACAUGUGUGCAUAUUUUGAUAGUUGAUUGAGGUUUAAAGGGUGGACUUAUUUAAGCUGUAUUCUUCAUGUCUGUUUUGAUGGCGUGGGUUCUGCGCAGGGUCGCGUCGCUUCAGACUGUCAGAAGAUGGAAGUCUUACAAAUCUGACGAUUUCUUGAAGCACGAGGCAGUUCAGAAACACAUUAAGCGCGUGUUAGAUGAAUAUUGGUGUGUUUCGAGUCGUUUAGAGCGCGAGCAGGUGAGUGAAUCUGAACGCAAAGGUUUAAAUCAUAAACUCGUUCACCUGUCGCGUGUCGUUGAUGCGUUUGACAGAACUCAACACGCGAUGAGAGAAGAGAAAGAUAUAGAGACACUCAUUCACAACAGUGCAGAAGAGGAGCAGAUGCUUUCACUGCUGCGAGAGGAACACGCAGACAUCAGCAGAAGAUUACAGCAGCUGAAGAAAGAGUUGAUUGAGACUCUGGUUCACACUGAUGAUGGUGAUGAUGGUAAAAAUGUCAUUCUGGAGGUGGCAGCAGGAAGAACCACUGGAGGUGACAUCUGUCAGCAGUUCACCAGAGAGAUGCUCGGCAUGUACCAGCACUUCGCCAACUACAAAAACUGGCACUUUGACAUUUUCAAUUAUACUGCAGCUGAUUAUGGGGGUCUUCAUCACGCAGCCGUCAGGAUCUCGGGGGACAGUGUGUAUCGCUGGCUGAAGUUUGAGGGCGGCACACACAGAGUUCAGAGGAUUCCUGAAGUCGGCCUGUCGUCUCGCAUGCAGCGCAUUCACACGGGAACGGUGACGGUGAUCGUCCUGCUGCAGCCGGAUGAUGUUGACAUUCACAUCGAGCCCCGAGAGCUGCGAAUAGACACGUUUAAAUCCAGAGGAGCAGGCGGACAGAGCGUCAACACCACUGACAGCGCCGUGAGAAUCCUUCACCUGCCCACAGGGACUGUAGCAGAAUGUCAGCAGUUUCGCUCUCAGUUAAAGAAUCGAGACACGGCCAUGCGUGUCCUCCGAGCACGUCUGUAUCAGAGCUGCACAGGACAGCAGAGAGAACACACGCAAGCGUCACGCAAACAGCAGGUGGGCUCUCGAUCGCAGUCAGAGAGAAUCCGCACAUAUAACUUCAGUCAGGACCGUGUGACGGAUCACAGGAGUGGUCACGUGAUGCGUGACAUCAAGGAGUUCAUGAGAGGAGGUGAGAGUCUGGAGGAGAUGAUCAGACUCCUGCAGGAGCACACAGACAGAGAAACGUUACUCAAACUGCUGGAGAACAACAUGUGAAACCUCAUGUUCCUCGUCUCCCGUCUGUGAUGAUACACAUCUGGCCACCACACAAUUACUGUCUCUAGUGUGUAUAACAGUCCCAAACUGAAGUUGGCAAACCCCUGGUGGUUCGUAAAGGAAUUGCAGUUGAUACAGCAGGACACUGUCUCUCUACCAGUGUUGUUUCCAUUACUUUGAAAAAAGUUAAAUUGCAAAGGAAUGUUAGAGGUAAAAAAAAGGACAAUAGUUAUUUUAUAAAAUAAAAAAUAUUUAUUUUUCUGUCAAAUAAAACGGAUAAAAAUGUUUUUUGAAGAUAAUUUGAAGCAAAUGUGUUUUUAUAAUAUGCAUAUAUAUUUUAAAUCUCAGAGGUACUUCAAGUAAAUCAUUUAGUUAAAAGAGGCUCAGCUGACAAAUAAGGUUGAAAUCCCCUGCUAUACACAAUUAUUAUUUAUAUGGAUAGUGUUGAUAUUGGAUAUGUUUUGGAAGAUUUGUAACAAUACUGACACUAUCAAUACUGAUCCAGGAUCAAAGUUUCUUCAAAGCUUGAGAGACGUUGACAUUGGUGUUGUUUUUCAUUCUUUAUAUUUACAUGUGUAUGCAUUUGGCAGCGACUUACAUUGCACAAACUCAAAAACAAAUGUAUGAUAUCAUGCAAUCUAUGUUAUGCUCUAACCACUGAGCCACAGUGUUAAUAAUUAUUGUUAUUAUUAGUGUUCUUUACUAAUGGCUGGAAUACACUACAACUUUUUAAAUCCCAACAGAUUUUUUUAAAACUAGACAUCACACACUUGCAGACUUCUUGAAAGUUUCAGAUAGAAACUGGCACAGACUUUCUGCAACAAGUCCAGAGUGACAAUCUGAGCAAAAGUCUUGUGUAUUUUAGCCUUUACUUGUAUAUAUUCAUUUAAUGCUAUCAUUGCUUUAGUUUAAUCUCAUUUUAAAUGCUGUAUUUGUGUUCACGAGUCUCCAAUGCUCUGCAUCUCAAGAUUUUCAAUAACAUCACAACACUGCUUUUUCUCGAUUUGUACUUUACGAGAAUAAAAUUAAACAAAAACUGUAUAAAAUUUUGAGACCUUUGGGCAGUUAGCGUUAUAGUUAUUAGUCUAAAUACAUUAGUGGACAAAGUGAUUUGUCACUUUCUUGAUAUGAUAUAAUAUUUGUCUAAUGUAUUUCUAGUCAGAUGAAGUGAGACUGAGAGUUGAUUCUCUCAUCCUCACUUCGUCUUUGUUUCUGCAUCUGAAGUGUUAACUCAUUACAGUCUCUGAGUAACACUCAUGUAGUACAACAACUCUUACUCUUGAAUCUGGAUCCACAAGUCCAAAAUAUAUUUGGAUUCAUGUAGUUUUUAUGAUUAUACACAAUAAAUUACCAUUUCUGUAUUAUUUGUUACAAAAUCUAUAUAUUUACUCUGUUUUAUCAUGUGUAUUGCUGCUCUCUAAAACUGAAAAGCACUCUAGAAAUAAACCUGAAGUGAAAUGGAAUUUAUGCACUUAAGACUUAUCCACAGGGACGAAUGAUCAAUGAACUGAAAAACUCAUUUGAAUGAAUCACUAAAUAGGGUGCUGCACACUCCCUCAGAAGAAAACACACAAGUGUACAGGUGACUCUCUGAUCACACAAACAACUCCACUGAUAGCGUUGCAUGUGAAGAGAGAGAGAGAGAAAAUAUCAACACGCACACGCCUGCCUAUCAGACACGGACAGAAACAUUCAAGAAAAUAUAUUUUAUGACGCAGGUCUUUCAAUUCCGUUUGUUCAUGUUGAUUUGGCACCUUAAACAGGCACAUUUUAGAAACAUCAAGAAUUCGUCACACCGAACAUCUCACCCAAACAUGAAAUAUAUUUGCUCAAAGAAAACAAACACGCAUGUCAUUUAAGGAGCACGCUAAAACCAAAAACUUGUGGACAAAUAUUUCAUCUACGGCUUUAAUUCUGUCAAUUAAACAAUUAAACUAUUAAAAAACACAAGAUGCCAUCACAAAGCAGCCAAAUCAUUUUUUCACAUAUAUUCACAUAUCCAAAUCUGACCCGACAUCGACCUGUGAAACAAGCAUAUGACAGAGAAAAGAUUCAAUGGUCACACAACAUGACAUCAGUCAUCAUCUUCUCUCGGUC